AGAUCGCGAAUAGGCGCGGGCGCGGUCGCACUGCACCUCCACCGAACACUGCGAGCGCUAGCAUAGCAUCGAUCAUGGCUGGCGUACUCUUUAUUGUUAACGUGCCUAAGAAAGAAUAUGAAAAUUACUUAAAAAAUAACAUUAAUCCUAAUUUCGUAGACGAAAAAGAGAAAUUCGAUAAGGCAUCAAAAGUGAUUCACGAAUUAAAAGAGAAACAUUCGGGUUCUAAAUCCGUGGAGUCGUUUGCGCAGGACAAUGACAAUGUUGUUAUAAUAUCUAAGUGUCGGUCAACGGACUGCUUGCACCAGAACUUGGGAGUAGACCCGUACAACAGCCGGAGUGAGACCAUCACGGCUCCUGGACAGCCGGCCGACCCGAAGAGUUACGUGAAGGCUUCGUGGGCAGAGUUGAAACAAGCGAUCAAGCCGAGGAAGAACAAACUUAUUAUAACUAGACCCGUGCGAGGAGUCGAAGUUCUUGCAGCUUUUCACUGGGACACACCACUCGAAACUAUUCUGUCAGAGAUAGUGGAACGAUUAGCCAUUAAGAAUGCAGCAUGGAGCUCAACGAAGGAUGACAAAUUUUGGCAGGUUAUCUUCUCCCUUGAAUCGGGAAAUCUCAGCGAGGAGUUGUUACAAGUUUUAAGGACUUUUGGCAUAGGCUCGAGGCAUCAGUCGUCAGUUAGUGUACUGCCUUGUGCCUUGUUCUACAAGUCCAAUGACGGAAUUAGCGCAGCUGCCUCCGAUUUUGAAGGAACAAGAUGUGAAGAUGAACCCAACACAGCAUGGUCUCGCUUCUCAUCAUCGGUGCGCGCACGCACGAACCUUGCGCAAGUUUUACACGAUGUCCGCGCCGACGCAGCCCUAACAUUCGACUGGGUCUUCCUACUCCUGGUAGCAGCCUUCGUGGCUGCCAUAGGUCUGGUGGAAAACUCAACUGUCAUACUCGUUGCUAGUAUGCUUAUAUCACCACUCAUGGGUCCAAUCACAGCAGGUACUCUAGGCACAGCUGUCAAAGACCGCUCCCUUCAACUGAUGGGGGUUAAGAACGAGUUCCUUGGUCUGUUCCUGUCUCUUGUCAUGGGAUUUCUAUUCGGUCUCACCAUAUGCGCCAUUGACGAGCGGUAUGGGGUUGUGGAGGACUGGCCCACUUAUGAAAUGAUAUCAAGAUGUGAAUACCGUUCUCUGUGGGUGGGUAUUCUGGUAGCCAUACCGAGCGGAGCUGGCGUGGCGCUCGCCGUGUUGGGCGAGUACACCUCUUCACUUGUUGGCGUCGCCAUAUCAGCUUCAUUGCUGCCUCCGGCUGUUAAUGCUGGUCUUCUAUGGGCCAUGGCGCUAACUCGGCUGACAGUUACCAACGAUGAACUCCGCUGGCUGGUGGCACAACCCUCAGAGCUCGCAGUACUGGGCACCGCAUCGCUAUGUUUGACUCUAGUCAACAUCGUCUGCAUAUUCCUGGCUGGAGUUGCUGUUUAUAAGGUGAAAGAAGUGAGUCCUCUCGACAGAAAGGACAUAUCUUGGUGGAAGGCCAACAGGACACGCCUGCAAGGCAAACAAAACAAAGACAAUUUGAACUGGGAUGCUUAUAACAAAUGGUAUAAUGAAAAGGCGAAAGGAGAAUGCGAUAGUGACAACCAAACCCCGACGGUGACCACAACUCCCGGACUCAUCGAGAAUGAAGCCAUCACGUUCCGGAGCCGACCCUCACUCAUUAAGCGAUUGAGGGCACAGAACAUUGAUGCAUAUUGUCGCAACCCUGAACUCGCAGACAUUUACAUACCAAUUGACGUGGAUACGAGUGCGGAUUUUGAAACCAUCGAAACUUACAGCACUCGGAACUUAGACUGUGAUAGCUCUACUACUAGUAAACUGAAUGGACCCAAUAACGAAGAAUUUAGUCAUAAUUAUUGUAACCUAGCAUUUCAAAAUGGCGUCGGCUGUGAAGUUCCUCAAUACCCCACCCUUGACCCGUCUCACAGCUAUACGGUAGACUCGAAGACUGGAGUCAUUUUAGAUAAUAAGGUUUACGAUGUUUAGACCAAUGCAAAUGUGUUAAAUAAUGUUAUUAAUUGUGAUUUAAAUUUGUAUCCAUUUUAUAAAUAUAUUAUACAGUAUUAAUAUAAUAACAAUAGAUUUUAAAA